AGCGCCAUAUUGAGAAUAGGCGGUUGCUCCGUACAGUAGCGUAGCCGACGAGCGAGCCGACACCGAGAGUGCCCAGCAGCGGAAUCGCCCCGUCGCCGUCGCCAUCGCGUUAGUGCCCCCCGAGUGCGUGUGCGUGCGGUAAUGGCCGGCGAGUGGCGCGUCUGAGACAAGCCGCAGCAGCAAGCAGCCGCAGCGUGUGCCGCCGUGCCAUCCACCUGCCCCGCAUCCCGGUGCGCCGCGCGCGCGCCCGCGCCUCUCUGUGUGUGUGAGUGCGAGUGCGUGAAGAGAGCGGCGAGCGACCGCCGGCGAUGCGCUGAGCCGCCCUGCGACUGGGGCUACUGCUGCGGGGCUUCACCGGCGCAAUCCAGUUUGGCGUAAUGCGAUUAUAGGCCCGUGUGGUGUGCGUGUACGACGCGAGCCGAGGGCGCAGAGGAUGCACCACACCCCAGCGAGCGCCGCCGUCGUCGUCGCCGCCGCCGCCGUCGCCGCGCACUAGCGCCGCGUCCGUCCCGCUUCCGCAUCGCCUCUGCCCACCGACAGCCCGGCGUGGAUGCCAGCGGCUACGAGCGCCACUUCGGCACAGUCGCUCCCACUAAGCUAUGACCAUGUCCUGCUGUCAGUCAGAUGAGGUGCGGGAACAGAAGCGUAUCAACCAGGAGAUCGAGCGCCAGCUCAAGCGCGACAAGCGCGAUGCUCGCCGCGAGCUCAAACUUCUUCUGCUUGGCACUGGUGAAUCCGGCAAGUCGACGUUCAUCAAGCAGAUGCGCAUCAUCCAUGGCGCGGGCUAUUCGGACGACGACAAGCGCGGCUUCAUCAAGCUCGUCUAUCAGAACAUAUUCAUGGCUAUGCAGAGCAUGAUACGCGCUAUGGACUUACUUAAGAUUAAAUAUUGCCAGCAGAGUAAUGUGGACAAAGCUGAUUUAGUCCGCGGCGUUGACUUCGAAACGGUGACGACGUUCGAGUCACCCUAUGUCGAUGCCAUCAAGGACCUCUGGAACGAUUCGGGCAUUCAGGAGUGCUACGACCGCCGAAGAGAAUAUCAGCUUACAGACUCUGCCAAAUACUAUCUGUCGGAUCUGGAGAGAAUACGAGCGUCGGAUUACUUGCCGACGGAGCAGGACAUCCUUCGCGCUCGAGCGCCGACGACGGGCAUCAUCGAGUACCCGUUCGAUCUAGACUCCAUCAUAUUUCGAAUGGUGGAUGUCGGCGGGCAGCGAUCCGAGAGAAGGAAAUGGAUCCACUGUUUCGAAAACGUCACUUCCAUCAUUUUCCUCGUCGCUUUAAGUGAAUAUGACCAAAUUUUAUUCGAGUCCGAAAACGAGAACCGUAUGGAAGAAUCGAAGGCUCUAUUCAAGACGAUCAUCACAUACCCGUGGUUUCAGCACUCUUCGGUCAUCCUUUUCUUGAACAAAAAAGACUUACUGGAGGAGAAGAUCAUGUAUUCGCAUUUGGUUGACUACUUUCCUGAAUAUGAUGGUCCGCAAAGAGACGCCAUCGCUGCUAGAGAACACAUUUUGCGGAUGUUCGUAGACUUGAACCCCGACAGCGAAAAAAUCAUAUACUCACACUUCACAUGCGCUACAGAUACGGAAAACAUUAAGUUCGUCUUCGCAGCGGUGAAAGACACGAUAUUGCAAUCGAACCUGCGCGAAUACAACCUGGUGUAGGAGAAGAAGACACGACGCAUGCGCAUCAGCAGCAGCAGCAGAAGAAAACAAAAACAAAAUACGACCACCACCACCACCACCACCAAUAAAACAAACAAAACAAAAACCAACCGUGUGUGCCGUACCGCGUGAGAGUGUGUGUGUGUGUGUGUGAGUGAUGAGUAAUAAACUAAGCGCGCGCAUCAAUGAGUAGUAAAAUGAGGCGUGUGUCUAACACACAAAAAAAGGAAUUGGAGCCAUUUUACAAGUUUUAAAUUUACAUAUUUGCAAUACACACACACAUAUAUAUAUAUAUAUAUAUAUACGGGAAAAACAUAUGCGUGCGGGGCGAGAAUGCUUUAUUGAAUGGCAGAAAAAAAGCAAAAUGGCGGCGAUGGAGCGAAUGAUUGUAUACAAUGUGAUGUUUCUAAACUUAUUCAUCUCUUGCAACUAUAUCUAUGAUUGUUUUCGCGAUUUUUCGAUUUUCGGUUGCGCAUCGUACCACAUACUGCAUACAUAAUUAGUAAGUACGUAAAUACGGAGAGAGAGUGAACGCAGUGCGCAUGAGUGCAUGUUGAUGACACUUGACACACGCACAUUAUUUGAUUCAAUUGUUCAUAUAUUCUUACUACGAUCAUCAUCAUCAUCAUCCGGUUGGUUGGUUUCUGUUCUCGUGUAAACGUGUGCGCUUAGCUUUAGUGAAAAACUGCUGUUUGGAAGUAAUUCUAGUGCCAUUUUACUAGUACGGUGUCUCUACAAAUAAUUACGAUAUAAACUACUGCAAGAAGAUGAUGUGGACGAUGGAGGGGGGGGAAAUGAUGGUAAAUCACGCGCGUACGCAAAAACCAGGCAGAAACGGAACACAUUUUAUUAUCUUAACUAUAUCGAAAUGCCAAAGUGUUUUUUAAAAACAAAAAACGAUUGCAUGUAAUACCAGAAGCAGGCAACCAGACAUACAUACACUGUGCGGGGACAUGAUGGAUUGAUUUUUCACACACCACAGCGCGAUUUGAAUACAAAUGAAAACCAAAACUAUUGAAAUACACUUUAUUAAGGGAUAUACUUAUACAAAACUAAAACUUGGGGAGAACUUGGGCAAAACGUCAUUGUUUGCGUUUGCGGAGACAUUUCACACUCACACAAACAAGAGAAAACAAACUUUCGAUGAGAAAAACAUGCAUAAAUCCUGACUAUAAAAAAUUACGAUAUAAAUAGUAUUGUUAUUUAUAAUAAUAUAAAUUAAUGUAGAAUAGCGUUAAGAGUGACGAUGGUGUGUGGCGGUGAGACGAAAUGUGCGCAUUCUUUUUGCAAUUAUACGUAUAUUCAUACAUAAUAUACACACGGCGAGAGAGGGCGGCGAAACGAACCAAACUAGACGAGAGACACACACAUAAAUGGAUGUAAAACACACACACGACGCCAUUUUGAUUACGAUUUUUGACAGAUUUCGACAGCAGACAAAAACAGCAGCAGCAGCAAACUAUUUGCGAGUUUUACGUUUCGACUUUUACGUUUGUUUGUCGCUAGGGUAUAAAUAAUUAACAGAUUGUGAAAACAAAACAAAAAAAAAGUAACAAAAACACAACACACACGGGUGCGAAUGGUUCUGUUUAAUUAUAAUUUAUGUACGUACGCAUUUAUACAUAUUCUAUAAAGUGAAAAAUUAACGAAAAAAAAAAAGAUUCUUCCCAAAAACUAACAACAACUGAUUUUUUGCGAUUAUUUAUUUCAUUAUUUUAUACUAGCGCAUAUUAUGUUAUAGUUUUUAAAACAAGAGAAAACAAUCUUAUUCUAUCUUUAUAUUAUGUAAACGUAAACAUAAAACAACUAAAAAUAUUAUCUAUAAGUGGAGCGUGCAGAUAUGAGGAAAAGAUGCGACAGUUUUUCUUCUCUUUUUUUUUUGUAAGUGUCGUGUUCUUUGGCUUGAAAUUUUGAUUGUAAAUUUUUAAACACUUUUUAAACGUGACGAGGCAGUUUGAAAGCUCAAUGGAAACAAACAUGCAGAGGAAAAACGCCCUUUUUUCUUGUGAUUCAAUAUUUUAUUUUGUUUUUUAAUUUGUUUUUAUGAUUAUUUAAUUUAAUUCAGUUUUGAGAGAGGGAGCGGAGCGGAGAGGUAGCAGUACUACGUGAGAGAAAUGAUAAAAUUAUAUUUUGUUGUUUAUUAUUGAAUAUAUUAUGUUAUAAAAUA